AUGGAUCGGUACCAGGGGCUAGCAGAGGAGGUGGCAGCGCUGCUCAAAAGCGAGCACCGCGCUCACUUGACCCUCCCCGACCUCUUCCAGCUGCAGCGGCGAGGCCAUAUAUCGCUGCCAAUCGACCUCACGCAUCUGGGUUGUCUCUUCCAGCUGGACAGGAGCCACACCGGCUGCAUCUCCACCGACGACCUGUCGGCGCUGCUGGAGCUGUGCCGGGCGCGGGCCAGAGACUACCAGAGCUUCGAGUGCGAGGCGAUGCUGCAGGGCUACUGCACGCUGCAAAUGUGGCGCGCCAUGAGCGCGCCCGACGGCCUGCAGGCGUUCAGCAGCUGGAUCUGCAACCUGGUGCUGGAGAGCAGCGCCAAGCGGCGGGCCUUCAGCCGGCACGGGCGGCAGCAGUAUGUGGGGCGCGACGCCGUGGCGGCGCUGCACCAGCUGCUGCGUGUGCAGCAGACCCAGUCGCUCGACUUCCAGGCCUUCUUCGACCUGCUGCAGCGCUGCGGCGAGGAGAAGCAGCUGCUGGAGCUCAGCGACGAGGACCAGGAUGAGUGGGUGCCACUGGAUGUGGUGAGGGACCUGGUGGGCAGCCUGUUUGCCAGCUCGGUGAAGCUGAUGGGAGACAUCUGCCCCGCGGACGAGCUCAACUGGCAGGAGCUGUGA